GCGCGCGCGGCCGACUGGCCGGCCGGGGCGGGGCGCCCAGCGCCUAGGGCCUGGCGGCUGCUGGGCGACUGUAGACAGCAUGGGGAAGAAGCAGAUGCGUCCUCCACGUGCCCUUCCACCUGUGCCAAGUGACAUUCAAGAUGAUAUUCCACUUAGUCGUCCUAAGAAAAAGAAACUCAAAGGAAAAAACACACUAGCUAGCCCUUCAGAAGACCUUGCAGAGCCUGCUGUUGAUAGGCCAUCUGAGGGCAGUGAGCCACUCACUGAGGAACUUAAGGAGGCACCUGUUCAAAGGAGACAGAAGAAGAAGAGGCCAUCUCUUGAAUUGGAGACUUCUUUCACCCAAAAGAAGACGUCUAGCUCUUCCAUAUUACGAAAUGAAAAUGGUAUUGAUGGGGGACCAACUGAGGAGGCAGUUGUUCUAAAACCUCGAAGGAAGAAAAAGAAAACCCAGCCAACAGAGUUACAGUAUGCCAACGAGCUAGGCGUGGAAGAUGAAGACAUACUCACUGAUGAGCAAGGUAGCCCAGAACAGCAGUCUGUGUUCACGGCACCCACUGGCGUCAGCCAGCCUGUGGGGAAAGUAUUUGUGGAAAAAAACCGGCGAUUCCAGGCCACGGAUCGUGCAGAGUUAAUAAAGACCACAGAGAACAUUGAUGUGUCAGUGGACAUAAAGCCUUUCUGGACUACCAGAGAUGUGGCACUUUCAGUGCACCGGGCUUUCAGGAUGAUUGGUCUCUUUUCUCAUGGCUUCUUGGCUGGCUGUGCAGUGUGGAAUAUUGUUGUAAUAUAUGUUCUAGCAGGAGAUCAGCUGUCUAACCUCUCAAACCUUCUGCAACAAUAUAAGACCUUAGCAUAUCCAUUCCAGUGUCUUCUUUACUUGCUUUUGGCUUUAAGUACAGUUUCAGCCUUUGACAGGAUUGACUUUGCCAAAACAUCAGUAGCCAUCCGGAAUUUUUUUGCUCUGGAUCCAACAGCUUUAGCAUCUUUCUUGUACUUUACUGCUCUUACACUGUCUCUGAGUCAGCAAAUGACAAGUGACAGAAUCCACCUUUACACGCCCUCUUCUGUUAAUGGCAGCCUCUGGGCAGAAGGAAUUGAGCAACAGAUUCUCCAGCCGUGGAUUGUGGUGAAUCUGGUGGUGGCUCUUCUGGUUGGAUUAUCUUGGCUAUUUUUGUCUUAUAGGCCCGGCAUGGAUCUCAGUGAAGAAUUAAUGUUCUCCUCUGAUGUGGAAGAAUAUCCUGAUAAUGAUAAAGGAGUCAAAGUCUCUGCAUAAUACAGCUCACCUUCAGGGGAAUAAUGAUACAGUAUUUUUCUCAUUUUUUGUUUUUAAUGUAUUUUUAUAAGAUGUGUAUAUGUGUAUUUGUAAUAUUGAUAAUAUUGUAUUGAAUUAAUAAUAUUGUAAAAUUUAAUUUUUUGAUUGUAUAAUACUGAAUUAUUUCUCAAGAUUAUGGAAACUUAAAAUGGUAUCAUCUAUUUAUACCCCAAACAUUAAUUUCUAUAUCAUUAUCAUCUUAAUGACAAAGGAAAUAAUAAGCUAGAAACCAGAAGGUGAAAGUGUUUAUUUCCUUUUCUCUCAAAUUAGUUAUAUUUGUAAUCAUUAUCUUAAAAAGCACUAAUUCAGAAAAAGCUGUAACUUUAGUAUUAUAAAAUGUAUAUCAGGUUAAAACAUAAAAUUAAGGAAUAGAGUAGAAGGAAAAAAAGACCUUAUUUAUUUUUGAUGUUUCCUUACUGAACACACUGAAACGUGAACUUUGUCUUUUCUGAAACUGGCUUAGAAUUUGUGUAUCAUGUAAUAAAUAUAGUGUAAUUUAGCUUUAAA